GCUGCUGUGGAAUUUAUUAACUGCUGAAGUAGAAAUACAAACGCUAUAGAGCCGCGGAUGUAGACGGAAUACACUUGUUGCUCUUCCAAUCCCAGGAAGCGAAACACGCUUGGAGCUUGAGUGAACUGUUGGACCAAGAGGCAUGGGGUGGUACAUUAGUUUUGAUCCAGAAACAAGCCGAAGACAGAUUCGCUGUCUAUAAUUUUGUUGAAUAUCUAAAAAAGUAAGACUCCAUUGAGCUUGAUGGCGGAACCUGUCGGGACUUAAUCCUAGUUGGACUCCUAAAUUGGCAUCUCACGGCUAACGAUCUGUCUGUUGAUGAUGAGCCCCAUGACUUCUAAUGUACACAUCGUCUGUGAAGGGACAGCAAGGAGAAUAAUUUCUCUGGACUAAGUGAAGACCUCCCUCUUGAAGAAGUGUGAAACAUGCCCUUGCCAUUUGGCUUGAAACUCAAAAGGACUCGAAGGUAUACUGUUUCAAGCAAGAGCUGUCUUGUCACUCGGAUUCAGCUGCUCAAUGGAGAGUUUGUUGAGUUUACACUUUCAGUGGAGAGCACUGGACAGGAAUGUUUGGAGGCAGUUGCUCAGAGACUCGAGUUAAGAGAGAUAACAUACUUCAGUCUGUGGUACUUCAACAAGCAGAACCAGCAAAGAUGGAUUGACUUGGAGAAGCCGCUGAAAAAGCAGCUGGACAAGUAUGGGCUGGAGCCAACCGUUUACUUUGGAGUUGUGUUUUACAUACCCAGUGUCACCCAACUGCAACAGGAGAUCACGAGAUAUCAGUAUUACCUACAGCUGAAGAAGGAUGUUCUGGAGGGCAGGAUCUCAUGCUCCCUAGAGCAAGCCAUCCGUUUAGCUAGCCUAGCAGUGCAAGCUGACUUUGGAGACUUCAACCGAUAUGAUUCCCAGGAGUUCCUCCAGAAGUUUGUGCUGUUCCCCAUUGACUGGAUCCAGGAUGAGCGAGUACUGGAAGAGGCCACUCAGAAAGUGGCCCUUCUUUAUCAGUCCUUCAGGGGUUUGUCAGCCCCAGAGGCAGAGAUGUUGUACAUGCAGGAGGUGGAGAAAAUGGAAGGCUAUGGCCAGGAAAGCUAUCAAGCCAAGGACAAUACAGGCACAGAUGUUACCCUUGGAUCCUGCCUUGAUGGCAUCUUUGUCAAGCAUAAAAAUGGCAGGCCACUUCUUUUAUUUAGGUGGAAUGAAAUUAACAACAUGAGUCACAACAGGUCCUUCUUUGCCCUGGAGCUAGCCAACAGAGAGGAGAGUGUUCAGUUCCAGACCGAAGACAUGGAAACCUCCAAAUAUGUGUGCCGGAUGUGUCUGGCCAGACUCAAGUUUUAUAAGAUUAACAAGAGUAGCCUAGAGGAGUGUGACCCCCUGCCUUCUGAGGGCUCCCAGAAGUCCCUUCUCACUCUAUCCUUUCCUCGCUUUCCAAUGCUCUCUCGUCCCUCUCUGCCUUCUAAUAAGGGUCAAACCCAGCCCACAGUUGUCAACCCAGUCAGACGGAGAUCUUCUACUAGAAUAUCUCUGCCAAAGCCUCAGCCCUACAUGAUGCCCCCUCCGCAAAUGCACUACAAUGGCCAUUUCACAGAGCCUUACACAUCAUCACAAGACAACCUGUACAUGAACAGUCAGAACGGUUAUUACUACCACUCCCAGACCAGCCUGGACUGCUCUCCCCUGGAAUACAGCAGUGGGGGACGUUUACGGAACGGCAGUGUAUACAGUGCCCACAGCACCAGCUCUCUAACCAAUCCCCAGCACUACCUGCAGCCCUCACCCAUGUCCUCCAAUCCCUCUAUCACCAGCGAUAUCACCAGGCCGGACUACGUCCCCUCGCAUCGUCACAGCGCUCUCAUCCCGCCCUCCUACCGUGCCACUCCUGAUUAUGAGACAGUGAUGCGUCAAAAGAACCGAGGAGCAGGAGGAGGAAUGGUUUUGUCUCAAGAGCACCGGCAGAGCCACUCCAUGAGGAACCUAAACAUUGGAAACUCGUACGCCUACAGCAGGCCAGACCCUCUAGUUUACAGCCAGCCGGAGAUCAGGGGGGAACAUGGCGGAGCAGCCCAUCACCACCACUAUCCCUUCCUCGGCUCCAGCUUCCACAGCCCGUCUCCAUACCCCUAUCCCACAGAGAGGAGACCUGUGGUGGGGGCAGUCAGUGUCCCAGAGCUCACGAAUGUCCAGUUACAGCAGGCCCAAGAGUAUCCAGCCCCCAACAUCAUGAGAACACACGUGUACCGACCGCCUCCACCUUACCCAUAUGCCCAUCCCCGCCCUGCUAACAGCACACCUGACCUGUCGCGUCACCUGUACGUCAGUAGUAGCAACCCAGACCUGAUCAUCACGCGGCGUGUGCACCACUCAGUCCAGACUUUCCAAGAGGACAGCCUGCCUGUGGCUCACUCCUUACAAGAGGUGUCGGAGCCUCUUUUCAGCGGACCCCCACACAGACACCCACACCAUGCUCAGAAGCGUAAUUCCAUUGAGAUCGCCGGACUGGCGCAUAGUUUCGAGGGGAUGAGGGUCAAAGAGCGGACCGUGUCUUCUUCAGCAGCUGAAACCGCCACGCCCCCUCCGGUCCUGCGCGGAGGUCGCUCUCAGGGCUCUCAGCUCAACGUGUUCUUGGAACGCACAAAGACAGAGGACAGGGGAGACAUUAAGGAGGACAUUCAGUACGGACACAAGAAAUCCCUUUCAGACGCCACCAUGCUGGUUCACAGUAGCGGUGAAGAAGAGGAGUUUGAGGACGACGGCGGACGUCACACUCCGCUUUCUCAGGACGCAAUAGCAUCGAUUGUUUCUGACCAGCAGCCACAACAGCAUCACAGCUUUACAUCUCUCUCUUCUCUGACGCCUCAGCAACAGACUCCCAUUGAGCCUCCUCCUGCUUAUCCCAUAGGCUCCUCCCUGGACCCCUCAAUAACCGGCUCCAUGACCUACAAGGUUCACCCCCUGAUCCAGGAGGGGGAGCCUCUGUACCUGCUGUCAGAUUUACGGCAGCCCAGGAUUAUGCCCUCGGUGUCAGAGGGAGACCUGAGCGGCCAGGCCAAGCAGAAGACUAAGAAAGACUUCAAGAAGAGGCCUGUGUCUGAUGUGCCUCCUGGGAAGAAAACAGUAGAAGGCUUGCCCCCUCCGGGCAUGAAGAAAGGGGCUAGGUCAGAGGUGAAGAAGAUGGGCCCACUGAAGGUUGCCCAUCUCAAUGGCCUGUCAGUGUCCAGGCAGCCAAUGCACGACGAGGUCAAGGAUGAGCCUGAAAGAGCCUCUAAUGACGAGAGGUGUAAAGUGCUGGAGCAGCAUAUGGAGAGCGGCGAGCUGUUAAAGGAGUACGAGAGUAUCCCAAAGCGUCGUCCAUCAGGGGAAUGCACCAUUGCCCAGCUGCCAGAGAGCGGAGACAAAAACCGCUUCCAAGACGUCCUGCCUUAUGACGACACCCGAGUGGAGCUGGUUCCCACUAAAGAGAACAACACAGGCUACAUCAAUGCAUCGCACAUCAGAAUAACAGUAGGUGGACAGGAGUGGAGCUACAUUGCUACACAGGGCCCCUUGUCGAACACGUGCCAGGACUUCUGGCAGAUGGUAUGGGAACAGGGAGUAUCCAUCAUCGCCAUGGUCACAGCUGAAGAGGAGAGCGGCCGAGAGAAGAGCUUCCGGUACUGGCCCCGACUCGGCUCACGACACAACACGGUGACGUACGGCCGCUUUAAGAUCACCACACGGUUCCGCACAGAGUCCGGCUGCUACGCCACCACAGGGCUAAAGAUCAAACACCUCCUGACGGGCCAAGAGAGGACCGUCUGGCACCUGCAGUACACAGAUUGGCCUGACCACGGCUGUCCUGAGGACUUCAAAGGCUUCCUCACCUACCUGGAGGAGAUCCAGUCUGUGAGGAGACACACUAACAGCAUCAGUGACCCAAAGAACACCAACCUACCUGUGCUGGUCCACUGCAGUGCUGGAGUGGGACGGACCGGAGUGAUCAUCCUGUCUGAGAUCAUGAUAGCCUGCCUAGAGCACAAUGAGAUGCUGGAUGUCAGAACUGUCCUGUCAAAGCUGCGAAAUCAGAGGAUGAUGAUGGUUCAGACCUUGUCUCAGUACACCUUCAUCUACAGGGUCCUCAUCCAGUACCUCCGCAGCUCCAGGCUAAUCUGAGCACAGACCUCUAGUCCAACCCAUCUUCAUUCCCCCAACACACACUGUCAUCACAGACGAUUGUAGGAUGGAAUUUGCAGGUUUGUGCCAAACUGCGUCUGUAUGUAUGUAAAUCUGUUCAAAUGUAGCAGUUGGUAUUUGAUGGACCCUGUUUUGGCCAAGUAUUAAAUCAGACAAGGCUGAUGGAAUGAUGUGUGGAUAUACAAGAAGCAUGAAGGAGCAUAAAAACUUGUGACCUGCCUCUAAACAGUAUUAUAUAUUAUUUUUUUACAUACAUUAUUGCUUAAUAAAGCCCAGCACUUUUACAGUACAUUGCUGUAUAUAAUGAACCAAUGUUAAGCUGCAUUAAAACAAUCUUUAUUGUAGAUGUGUAUCAAAACAGUCAAUGUAUUUUCAUUUGACUAAGGUCACUUUUUAAUGAAUGUUACUGGAUUGCUGUUGAGGUAGCUAUUGGUUCUGAUGAUGAAGGACUUUGUAAAAGUGAAAAGAGGGAAAAAAGAAAACGUCUAGAUGAAGGUUUGAUAAGAGAGCCCAGAGUUCAGAUGGAUUUUAAAUUUGUCAUGUGGCCUCUGGUGGUACAGGCAUGUCUCCCUGCAUUGAACUGAAGGAGAAUAGAAAGAUUUACAUUUAACAGAAUGAUGCUUAUGUCACGUAUAACAAGACAUCAUCUCUCAGUGGAUAAUUACGAUCCUCAUUUAAUACAAGAGGUCAUUGGUUCUUGUAAAACACUGGAUUGUUGGGAAGUAGAGAUGCAUUGCACAGCUUCUAGAAAUCUGUGUAGUUGAGUGAAGAAAGAGACGACAGACCGUUUUUGGGUUGAGAGUUAAAACUGGAAAAUUAAUUUUAUACACACAUUUUUCAUUACUUUUUUUUUUUUUUUUUUAUCCUGCGAUGUGCUGAAUAGUUGAACUCUGAGUGCUGUAUUUGAGAGCAAGAACAAAAUACAUUCAAAUCUAUUUUGUGCCUAAAUAAUCUGUAUUGUAAAGUCAGAGGGGCUCUGUAUUUUUGCAUAAUAUGAAGGAAAUUUUUUCUCAUUCAGUGUCAUGUAUUGCUUGUUUGAUUGCAGUGAUGUGUUAAUAAUGCCAAUCAAUACAUUAAAAAAAAACAAAUAUUGCAAACUAUCACAUUCAUAAUUACUGGAUUUGGCUCAGACCUCUAAAGACCUGAAUUUCACCUGUUUUAUUUUAAUUACAUUAAACAGACUCAAGAACAUGUAGUAGAAUUGAGUUCUGUGCAGUGUGUUGGGUUUGGCUGUGGCACUCAGUGUGAAGUAGAGAGUGUGAGUGAGGGAUCGACCAGCUCCAGUUGCAGUAUUCUGGCUGCCGCUCAUUUUCACCUCAGUGAGAAAUGUCCCUCUGCAGAGACACAUCCUGCUGUUACAAAUGGCCUCCUGACUAUUAAUGACCACUUACACCAGCACAUUUGACUGUUUCCUGCUGCAGCUAUAGGUAGUAUUUAAAAGCUCAGUAGUCAAGAUCAGCUGUAUUGAAAUGAUGCUUACAGGCACUACGUUUACAUUAAGUGAAAUGUUUUUAACAAUAUAUUUGAUAUACAAAACCCGGCGAAUGCAAGGCGCCAACUUCAUUUAUAAUGUGGCCAAAGUGAAGUGAUUGUUAAUCCCUUUUUUUUUUCUUAACCUGAUGUUUUUCAUGACAAGUUUUUGGUGUCAAAGACGCAUGGGGCAGUGACCUACUUAACUGGAGAAAAAUGCAUCCUAAUGACGUUAAGAUGUAUUUUAACUGGAUCUUAUGAAUUUGCUGCAGGUUUUGUUUUUUGCUUUUUAAAAAGAUGCUGAUUGAGUCUUAGUGUGAAGACUGAAGAGAAUGAUGAUUUUUUUUUUUUUUUUGUGUGGCCAAGGUGUAACCAUUUUGUCCAUGUACAGGUCUGUUGUUCAUAAUGUACACAAUGUAAAAUUCUGCUUAUGACAAAUAUUGGUUAUUGUACAAAACUAUGUAUAAACUGUAUCUAUUGAGCAAAAAUGGUAUGCCAUUGGAAGAAAAAACAUGUAGAAAAUCUUUUCAGCCAAGAAUAAAUAUUUGGAAAUAA